AGCUUGGCAACUCUUUAAGAGACAACAGCUGUCAGCUGACUCAAAUUGCAAACAGCGCAUCAGUUGCAAAAAUUUAUUUACAGUUGGAGAUUUUAGACAUCAAAACUAUAUUUUUUCUAAAUUAUUUGGAACUAUUCAAAGUAAAAUGGAUGAAGAAGAGUUUAUUUUGUGCCCUUAUAAUAAAUCGCAUCGAAUUAUUCGUUUCCGCAUGCCAGCCCAUAUGAUGAAGUGCCGCAAAAAUUAUCAUGGACCUCCUUUGGAUCAAUGCAUGUAUAAUGCAACACAUUUGGUACCUGUCGGAACAAUGGAAACACACUUGGAAAAAUGUCGUGACUACUUUCAUUUUCAUAAUUCCGAAUUUGAAAGAUUGGCGGAAAGCUGCAGACCACAAGCAUAAAUGACAAGUGUAGAUGUGACUACACAACUAAAUAAACCAAAAAUCAUUUUUUUUACCUUACAUUAAAUAAAAGAUAAAGUGAUAUAUCAGA